AUGGAAAACAAUCAAAACAAACAGAAAUUAGUUACGAAAAAAAUCUCAUUGUUGACUUUGAAAGAAGAUACUAAACUCUCUGAAUAUUCGAAAAAUGACGAAAAAGUAUCGGUAUCAAAUAAACCAAGAUUACUCCGAAAAAUUUCACUCACAUUAACAAGAAAAAAAUCAUUAUCUUCGCUUAAAAAUUCAUUUGAUAACACUUCAAAGAACGUCGAACCGCUUCCUUCGUCGUCGUUGUCGUCUAUCAACAACCUGAAUGCUUCAAAAAUUGCCAAUUCUAAUCAUUCAGAUGUUUCGUCAGAAUCUAUUGAAGAAACGACGAAAUCUUAUUAUCUAAAACCAAAGUCAAGCAUAAAGAAGUCAUCGAUAUACAGUAACAAUCACAAUAAUUCUCUUUCACGCAAAAAGAACAAAAAACGAAAUGAUGAUUCUGAGUUGAAAAUUUGUGCAGAUACAAGAGAAGAUUUAAUCACUGAUUGGAAUUCGCGAACUCGCUUAGACAUGGAAAUACCCGACGAGGAAUUAUAUAUUCCGAAUCAAGCACACACUCCUUCACAACCAUUAUUUCCGACUUUUAACUUCCCAAUGACUUCGAAUUUUUCCCUCGACUCUUUAAUCGUAUCUCAACAAGAAGAAAAAUCUUCAUCUUCUUUUGCCAUUAACGUUUUUUACUCAGAUUUAUCUUAUCUUUUAGGAAGUAGCAACAAUGAUUUCUCUAGUGUGAAUUGGGGGGAAAAGAGACUUGAGCCUGAUUUCACUUCAAAUCAACGACCUUCAAUAUUAAUUGACCAGCGAGAAAUAAUGUUUAACAGAGCGUCGGUUUGGUAA